UCAAUCGAUAUAGAUUCGCUUGGCGGAUGAUACACGUGACUGGUCAAACACGUGAUAUGUAGUUAUUGUUUUAAAUACAGCUUCAAACUUUUGCGUCCUGAAAAAGAGCUCAACCAGAACAAACAGGCCGCCGCUGUGCAAAUCAACACCGCUCUCAUCGUACUUAAGUCCAGCGGUUGCUGAUCGCCGCCGCUAUUAUGCCCGUUCGUAUUGUGUACUUCUGAGAGCUUACCGUUGCUAUGGAGUACCACGCUGUUCCUUUAGAGGAACGCGCCAGAGACGAGAAAGGAAAUAUUCUCCCUUGGGGAUAUGUUUACAAAGACGAGUCGCGGAAUCCACGACGGCCCCCAGAAGAGAGUGGUCCUUUUGGAAAGAGGCGGAAUGCGCGUUACAACUCUACUCGAUCGGGAACUCGAACGGGGACUCCAGCCAGAAAAGAAAACCCAAACGUGGCAGAGUUCAGCAAGCUUUUCGCGCAGCAACAGGAACAAGAACAGGCUCAAUUAAAGCACCUACCUCCGUCCACUACCAAUAAUUGUAACGAUCCACCCCGAAAGUCUAUUGAAAAAGUUGCUACGGAGUGCGUCCUUUAUGGCUACAAGACCAAAGAUUCUGAAUGGAAAGUCAUUGACAAAUUCGAGCGAAUAUCUCACGGCAUGAUAUGCGAGGAUUAUUCCAGAACCGACCCUGAUUUGACACCAAAAUAUCCCCAGCUACUAAGCGGUCGUGACGUCGUUAUUCACCCGACUUUAUCAGCUGAUGCCAAUAAGAAAGCGAAACGAUAUGCUGGAGGAGAUCACUGGAUAAAGGUCACAUUUGACUCAGCCGUUGCCGCUGAUCGUGCCUGCUUCUUCUCCCCGCAAGAUAUAGACGGUUUCCUAGUAUUCUGUGAACCAUACCAUGGUCAGGGUCCACAACAUGAUGCUCCGAUUCCCAAAGACUCUGCCGAAUCUAUUCGACUGCAACUGAAGCCACAUACUUUAACUCUGUCUCAGUCCAACAUAUUCCUUCAAAAACCAUCUGAUCUCGACAGAUCUACCCUUCCUCGCUCCUUCAUUACCAAUACAAUCUCGACGGACGGAACUAUAGAUGACUCUGUUGCUUCUCAGGGAUCCACUGUAACUGCCAGCUCUGCGACAGCCACUGAUUUAGGCUCAGGGAGCACUCUGCGCCAGCGCCAAACUCAAACUCAAUUGCAGUCCCAAUCCGAACCUCCACGAAAACCUGAAUCCGAAUGUAUGACCCAUAUUCCCACAGUUCGUCGUGCCGUUUUACGGCCAAUCUCUGAAGCGCUACCUCCCCAACCAACUGUCAUUGAACGGAUCCUUCGGUCUAUUCCAAUUUUAAGCUGGUUUACUGGGGACAUCGUUGGUGAUGGGCCUGUACUUGGCGAAGAUGGAACGUUCGAUCAUGACAAAUCAAACGCUUACUGGCGCUUCUGGUACAUGAUAGACAGGCUGCUUGGAACUGACUUGUGCGCCCUGAAGGAAGAAUCCUGACCCCGCAACUGCCAUAUCAACCUGUCGCCUUUAUACAUAUCACCAUCAACGACGCGCUUACUGCGUUGCCUCUCAAAAUGCAACAUCCGGCUGCAUAUUCCUCUCGACCCUGCUUUGGAUAGCCGUUAUGUCUCCCUUCGAACGACGACGUUUCAUGGCGACCAAGGUCGUCUGCAAUGGUCGUGGUAUGGCUUAGCAAGGGUCGUGGAAAUGUGUGAUCACUCGCACCACAGAACAUAAACUUACGGCUGCAUUGGCAAGGCCCUGUAUUUAUACACUCCAAAGUAAUGAACACACUUCAUACUUGAGCUUUGUUAUCGAUCUGAAAUGACACAGUACUAAAGCGCUUUGAUAUCCAUCGUUUCCGCCUUGCCGUUUGUCUACCAGCAUGGGAUAUAUUUCCCCCGAUAUGUUAUAUUUACUUGUGCAAUGACAAACACAUCUUCCUUUGCCAUACCUUUUUAUCUUCGUGCGUUUAUGAGCUUACUAGGUUUUAGUGUUUUGUCACACAAGGGUCAUGUAUGGCGUUCGAAAUUUCGCAGGUACCUAUUUCAUCACCUGUCGCGUUUCGCCCUCCUGCGUCUUUGACCCUUCUCCCCCGAGAUCUGGCGGGUGAAGAGCAGAGCCUGGCAUUUCUUUCGACAUGAUUCACUAGAUGUUGCCACUGCUUAAUGUAUUUAUUUUACUCUCCUAUUUAAGCAAUUUCUCUCGGUUUUAUUCCCCCUUUAUGACUGGAUGUCCUCUUGGAACUACUGUACCUGAAGACUCAUAUCCAUAGAGAGAAAUAAAUGCCUUGCGUUGAGCGCCAAGUUUUAUUUUGUCUCCCUUUUCUCUGUUGAUGGAGCCCUUCCCGUAACUCUUCCCCUUCUUGUGAUUGCCAAUGCAUCUCUAGUUGGCAACCAAGGUUGGUUUUUUGGAUCAGAUAGGAACCGAAUGAGAGAUAUCGAUACAACAACACAAAGUAUCAUUAGAAAAAGGCAUACAAAACAUUUAACCCUGCUUAGUGUGAAGCAUAUAGAAUUCCAACGCUAAAAUCCGUUCAUCUGCGGAGGCUAUUUUCGCGCACAAACCGCCAAUGUAGUCAGUCAACUCUUGUCUUCCUUCACCCAGCCCUCUGAAAUAGGGGGUCGAAUUUCAUGCCCUGCAGCAUGUAAUGAACCAUGAGGGGUAAAUGUGGCAAGCGACGUCAUGGUAUGAGGAUCAAUGGAUGCUUGUAUGUUGAGAGAUAUAAACCAGGACUUACAAGGCACGCUACUUUGCCUAUGUUGCGCAUAGCACAUGGCUAUGCUUGUGCACAGGAAGUAGAGAUCAGGGGUCAUAGGCAGAGAGCGCAAAGUAAUGAGGGAAAAUCGUAAAGAAAAAUGAUCAUCAAACUCAACGCGGCACCAGUUGGGGCCUGUUUCUUUAAAUCUGUGUGUUUUUCAUUGGGAUGCUUUAUUUUGUUCCACGGGCGCCUUAAAUAAUUCUCAAUUUUUCCAGUUUCCCCUUUUCUGAUCAUUUCUGGCUUUCGAUCAGGGACACCAAAAUGAACCGCCAAAUAAUAAAAACAAAAAGGGAGUAAGAAGAGAACGCAAAUAUAAUUUUAUGAAAAUUGUUAAAAUGGAUUCCCUUUAGGUCGUAUUUAGGAUAGGUUGCGGUGUUUUUUUUGUUCAAUGUCCGUCCUCCACAAUCAUUCAACCUUGCUCUCGAAGUUCUCUCCAUCAACUAGAUCGGGAAUAUCGUCAUCGUCCUCAUC